AUGAUGCGUCGUCUCAUUCCGGCGUCAACGAUCGCACCGCAGCGGCGUGUCGUGGCGCGCAGUCUUGUGCUGCCGUCCAUGUCGCUCCUGCAGCAGCACCGCAAUCAGUCAGAGGUCCCGCCGCGCCGGCUGCUGUACGAAAACGACAGCUUCAUCAACGGCGCGUCGGCCAUGUACCUCGAGUCUAUUUACCAGAGCUGGAAGGCGGACAGGAAGUCCGUUGAUUCGUCGUGGGAUGAGGUCUUCUCCGCGCGGGAGCUAGGAUCGUACGAUACGCCCAUCCUCAGCUCGCCGAUCCGCGUGCUACCUGCCACUGUCGGCGACGCCGUGACAGUGAAGCAGUCACUUGACGACUGCGGCCGCCUGACGUGGAUGAUUCAGGCAUUUGAGGACCGCGGCCACCUGAUGGCCUCCACCGACCCGCUCAACUACGACAACGAUGACCCCACGCGACGCACGCCAUCACGACGGUUCAGGGAGCUGCUGCGCCUCGACCUUGCCUUCUUUGGCUUCCUGCCGGACGACUACAAACGCGUGGUGCGGGUCGGCUUCCAGGACGAGGUGGGUGGCGUGCUGAACGCCCACAGCCGCCCCAUGACCAUCAAGGAGCUGCACGAGCACCUUACCAAGCGGUACUGCGGGAAGGUCGGGCACGAACUGUCACACAUUGCCGACAACAGUAUCGCUCGCUUUCUGCGCGAGGCGGUGGAGAGCGAGGGUGGGGUCUACGACCCGCUGCACCGCCGCUUAAGCAAGGAGGAACGGCUGUGGGCGUGGAACAUCGUCGCCUCCUCCGUUCACUUUGAGGACUUCUUCAAGCGCAAGUACUCUACACAGAAGAGAUUCGGCGCCGACGGGGCGGAGUCCCUUAUCGUUGGCCUGCGUGCCCUCAUGGACGCCUCGUCAAAGUACGGCGUGGAGAAGGUGAACAUCGGCAUGGCACACCGUGGUCGCCUCAAUGUGCUCUACCAUGUCGUCGACAAGCCGUUUCCGGUGAUACUAAAGGAGUUCAUGGGCAUCACGGGGCCAGAGCUAGAACCGUUCAAGAUUCAGUCCGAUGUGAAGUAUCACCUUGGAGCCCGCUCCACCACGACGCUGCGUAACGGCAAGAAGAUGGCCACUGAGCUGCUCGCCAAUCCAUCACACCUCGAGGCGGUUAACCCCUUUGUGCAAGGAUAUACACGGGCAGAGCAGGUCUCAUUUGGCCCCACUGGCCGCUCGAAAGUGCUCCCGAUCGAAAUACACGGUGAUGCCGCAUUCAGUGGUCAAGGCAUCGCCUUUGAAACAAUGGGCAUGAGCGAGUUGGGUGAGUUCUCAACGGGCGGCACGAUUCAUGUGGUGGUGAAUAACCAGAUCGGGUUCACCACCGAUCCCAAGUGCUCACGAAGCAGUGCCUACUGCACUGACUUGGGCCGUGUCUACCAGUGCCCAAUUUUCCACGUCAAUGGUGACUCCCCUGAUGAUGUUGUUCGUGUGUUUGAACUCGCAGCGGACUUCCGAGCCAAGUUCAACAAAUCUGUUGUUAUUGAUCUCGUCUGUUAUCGUCGUUUUGGACACAAUGAAAACGAUGAUCCGACAAUUACACAGCCUCUCAUGUACAACCGCAUUCAAUCUAUGGGCGAUUUGUUCACCAAGUAUUCAGAGGCAUUGAUUGCGGACGGGGUUAUCACGCAGAAGCAACAGAUGGCAAAGUCCAUUUCCGAAAAGGAGCGGUAUGGGGAGUUCCAGAGCAAGGCGGAAGGGGUUAAGUACGGUGAAUUUCUCAAAUCAUGCAUCCCAGAGCGGUGGAGAAAUAUGAAAUAUUCGGAUCAGUUAGGCAAUGUGACGUUAGAACCCACAGCUGUUUCUCUCACGCAACUGCAGCCUGUAUUGAACGCACUAAAGGUUGUGCCAGAUGGAUUUGUGGUGCACCCCAAAUUGCAAGUUGUGUUGGACCGCCGCAAUGAAGCCCUGGCGAAAGGAAAAGGCAUCGAUUGGGGCGCGGCGGAGGCGAUUGCAUUCGGCUCACUGCUGGUGGAGGGAGUUCACGUGCGUGUGCUAGGAGAAGACGUGCAGCGUGGCACCUUCUCACAGCGCCACGCUGUCCUGCAUAACCAAAGGAAAGCCUCCACCUAUACCCCACUUGCACACAUAUGUGAGGGGCAAGCGAUGUUCACCAUCACCAAUAGCCCUCUCAGCGAGUAUGGCGUGCUUGGCUAUGCCGGCGGCUACUCCCUGCACGACCCGAAUGCACUUGUUAUAUGGGAGGCACAAUACGGUGACUUCGCCAACGGUGCAGCUAUCAUCUUUGACCAAUUCCUCUCCGCCGGUGAAUCGAAGUGGAACCAGCAACAGUCGCUAAUUGUAUCGCUGCCGCACGGCUACGAUGGGAAAGGUGCAGAGCACAGCAGCGGCCGCCUCGAAAGGUUCUUGCAGAGUGUCUCGGAAGAUGCCGACACCCCCGCAUACUCCCCAGAGGAGCGGGCACACCGUGUGAACCUGGAGGUGGUGUACCCCAGCACACCGGCACAGUACUUCCACCUGCUGCGCCGACACGUGCGGCGCAACUUCCGCAAACCGCUGAUUUUAUUCUUCUCUAAGCAGUUUCUCCGUUCCCCCAACGAGUCGACGAUGGAGGAGUUCACAUCGGGAAGGUUCUACCCCGUCAUUGAGGAUGCACUGGUGCCACCUGCGAAGGCGCGUCGCCUCGUGCUCUGUACUGGGCAGCUUUACCACAUUUUGAAGAAGCGCCGCGAAGCGAAGGGGAUCACCGAUGUGGCCCUCGUCCGUAUUGAAGAGCUCUCGCCGUUUCCGGUGGCAGAGGUGCAGAAGUUGCUGCAGGAAUACAGCAAUGCCGAACUGAUGUGGGCGCAGGAGGAGCCGCGGAACCAGGGCGCAUACAACCACGUGGAGCCCCGCAUUGAAUUCUACACUGAUGGGAAGCGCGAACUGUUGUACGCAGGCCGAUCCAUCAGCGCGGCACCAGCCACUGGCCAUAAGAGUGUGCAUGACGCGGAAGAGAAGUACAUCUGCGAGGUUGUCUUUGCGUAG